AUGCUUGAUCUCGGAGUUCAUUCCGUCCCAGUCCCGGUGCCAGACUCGUUGCAAAAUUGGCGAAAUGUACACACACUUGCGGAUUUUGGCAAACGACAGGAGCGGCAAAAUCAGUUUCAACACGGCACUCUGACUAAUGGUAUGGAGAUUUUGGCCCUGCGGCACAAUAGGUCCUCCGUUCCGGAUAAAACACGUUUCCCAGGACUUGAUAAUCGACUCCAAGUGCGGUCUGAUCUCGAGUCGCCAUUCGGCAAUGUUGGCUCCCAAGCUCCGGUCAGAAUUCGAAAGAAUCUGCCGUUGGUUGUGAAUAUCCCCGUUCAAAGACAUCAACAGCGAGAGCAAACAACGAAGUCCAAUAUCGGUGUCCAAGGUGUGGUUAUUCAGGUCGUGCCAUAA